CUUCACGCACUAUGUAGUGGGCAAGUACGCAGGGGUUUAGGACAGAGCCGCUCUCACAUGACACUUUCUUGUGACCAACAUUCCAGACUUUUAGUAAGAUUUUUCGCUUUUUUUCUAAACUGAGGAAUUGUGUUCGCAGGAAAUGUCACCUUAGAGAGAAAAAUGUUUUAUGUAAGUCGUGAGUUUUCACGCGAAGCUGAUACAGAAGUACUGAGCUGAGUUUGGGUUAACAGGAUAUUCCAAGAAGCACCACUUAACCAAUCAGCGGGCGGGAGGCGGGUUUUGCAUAAAACGGGCUGCUCUCAGGGCUGGACGGAGGACAGAAGAUGCAGCGUCUCUGAUAAAGGUCCAGGUUAAUCAGCACCGAGGUUCUGACUCUCUCACAGACUGAUGGCUGAGACACGACACACACUGAGCUCACGCUGUAGUUGUUUCUUCCUGUACGAUCGCUCUAAAGUUCGUGAGGAAGGCGAUCUGACCCGCGCUGGCAUCUACUACUACUACCCUGAACACACUCCUUUGGACCUGCAGGAGUUGGUGUGUGGUCAGCUGGCCGGUGUGAGUCGCUGUGUGUCAGAGAUUUCAGUGUCUCCUGUCCGUCUGCUCCGUCUGCGCAGGAGCAAAUACGCUGUCCGCAUGAGAGACGACUUCCUCUGGGCUCUGAGUUGUGUAAAUGAUCUUCCUGAUGUCAGUGUGUGUGAGUUUCUGGAUCAGAUCAUUGAUCUGUUCUGUUUCUAUAACGGUUCGGUGCGUCACAGCUAUCAGCUCCACACACAGGAGGAACUGGCUGUACGCUGGGCUCACUAUCUCUCCCACCUGCAGGGCGGAGCUACUGAACUUCACCACAUCUUCACCUGCCUCACAACCAUCGACUACACACACAUUGACCCCUUGCUGUUGCUAAAAGCUGCUCUGAUCCUGCAGGCGUGUCAGCGCUGCCCCCUGGUGUUAGCAGGCUGUAUCCUCUACCGCGGCAGAAUGGUUAGCACACAGAUGUCUCCACAGCUUACGAUGAAGGUGAUGGUACAUGAAAGAGAGACAUACAGCCUACAGGAACAGAAGAAACCAGCCAGUGGGAGAAGCUCACUUAUGGCCACGCCCCAUUACAGCACAACCACAACAACAGUGUUUCUGAAGCCUUAUGAGCUGCACACACUGCGCCGCCCUCUAGUGGACAACACGUCAUCCUGCAGAUCUGAAUCUCCUGAGCGACCAGUGAAGCCCCGCCUCCUUUCCCGCACUCUCUCAGACACUCCGAUCACUGACCCAUCAUCCAGUCAGUUGCUGGCGUCCUCCCCUGACUCCUCCCUCUCUGAUGACGCAAGCUUCAGCUUGUGUCCAUCGUUAGCCAGUACGCCGUUUCGCUCCGGCAUGGCGAGCCAGCCAGGAGAAGUAGGUGCUGCCGAGUCCCACACCCACACCUUUGCCAGUGAGAUGCUUUUGUUUGGGGGUUUAGCUCCAGGUCCAGGAGAGGACGGCGAGCAGGAGCGGGCUGAUGUCAGUGCCGAGUAUCAGAACCACAGCAACAAUAACCAUGAGAAUCUUCGAGCUCUCAGAGACGGCGAAAAGAAGGAGGAGGAAGGGGUGGAGCAAGCGAAUGACAUCAGAGAGAGGAGGAGCGAUGAAGAGGAGGAGUGUGUGAGGGUGUGUGAUCAGCAUGACGUGGCUCUCGAGCCCAUGCUGCUGUAUGAGCACCGGGUCAGAGGGCUUGUGCUCAUACUGCUGGUGGAACCUGGAUUCGACACACAUCCCAACGCCAAACAGGAAGUGUACCACAGCAGUAUGGCUUCUCUGAAUGGACUUGAAGCUCACCUGAGGACAAUUCCACCUGCAUCUGAGAUCCCUGUUGUGCCGUACACUUUCGCCCACUACGAUCGCAUCCAGAACACACUAACUACAAAUAUGUGUGGCCGUUCUGCAGGACUUCAGGAUCGUCUGUUUGUGAAAGCCACAGCUCUGGUGCACUCGCAAUUCUCACACGAGGACAUGCUGCAGGAAGCCAUUAUCAGGAGCGCUGGCUCUGCUCUCUACGCUACUCGAACUGCGGCUCAGGAGACCUUCUUCGUCCAGCACGGGGUGCCCGCAAGGAAUUCUGGGAUACCAAACAGCCAGGACAGCGCCUUCUCUCUGCCGAGUAAAGCUCGCCAUCGCUUACUCAAACAUGGAGUCAACCUGCUCUGAGCUACUGACUCUCUCACACACACACACACACACACACAAACACACGAUUAAUAACUUUUACAUGGAGGUUCAGUGUAUUAGCUGUGUAAUAACUAAUAAUCUAGCACCCUAGUGUAUGUGCACUACCUAGUGUCUAAAUCCACUCCCUACAGUGUACUGAGUUCAGUACCUCAAUGACUAAUAGAGCUAAUACUCCCUCUUUUUUAUGAAGACUUUGUGUUUUCUUAGUCUGUGUGUGUGGGGUGGGGGGCAUUUCCUACUAAAACACACACUUUUGGAAAAAAGGGUACUGAAGCGUAGCUGUGGUCGUCUUGGAAGUGUUCCCUCCAGUGUACUUGUUUAGUAUUUUCUCCUCCACCUGUACAUGUGCUUUAUUUAAAGGUCCAGGUGAAGGAUCGAGACCACUACAGGAAACACUUCAGUUCAAGGCCCUUAUUUUCCAGAGACUGUAAAAUCAUGUGGAUGUUUUAAAGCUUGUUUGUAAUAAAUGAUUAAUAAAGGUGAUGUGUGUAGUAUUAAA